GGGCUGGGAAGGGGCGGGCACCCUCGUGUGGCUCCGCGCUCCGGGUUCCGGGCGAGCGGUCCGCGGCCCCCCCUCCCCGGACACGCACGCCAAUCCGCGGUGCUGGCAGGAGCUGGCGCGGGAGGCGGCGGCGGCGGUGGGAACCGGCCUGAGAGGCUGCGGAGCCGAGAGGAACCCCUGCCCCUUCCCUUCCCGCCCUCCCCCUGCGCCCGCGCCGCCACGCGUGAGCCCCAGGCUGCGGAGACAUGAUCGCCCGGCGGCCCGACGCACUCAAGGCGCAGCGGCCCGGCCUCGCGGCCCCGUGAUGGGCUCCUGCGUGUCGCGAGAUCUGUUCACCAGUGUCCACAAGGACUGCCCCAUGCCCCAGGCCCCAGGCCGCCUGAGCCCAGACCUGCCCUCCAGCCUCCCGCCCACCGUCGUUCCAGACUAUGUCACUGGCAAGGACAAACAGAUGGAUUUCUGUUGGGAUCCUUGGCAGAGGUGCUUCCAGACCACCAACGGCUACCUGUCCGGCUCCAGGUCCUGCUCCAGCAGCUACAACGUGGCGGCCCUGGCCACCUCGUCCCUCGUGGGGGUGGUGCAGAGCAUCAAGGACCACAUCACGAAGCCCACGGCCAUGGCGCGCGGCCGCGUGGCCCACCUCAUCGAGUGGAAGGGCUGGAGCGCCCAGCGGUCGGGCUGGGAGCCGUCGCCGGCCGAGCAGGAGCGCUACUGCUGCCUCCCGGACGAGCUGCGCGAGGCCCGCUUCGCCGCAGGGGUCGCCGAACAGUUUGCCAUCACAGAGGCCACACUGAGCGCCUGGUCCUCGCUGGACGAUGAGGAGCUGCACCCCGAGAACGACCCCCAGGACAUCGUCCAGCUGCAGGACCUGGACAGCAUCUACCUUCAGGACAGUCUUCUGAGCGCCCCCUCGCAGGACGACAGUCUGCUGGCCUUCUCCCCCUGCCUCUCCCCCGACGGGUGGCCCUCACCCGAGGAGCACCCCAUCACGGCGGCUGCCCCCCGGCCCCCCAGCCCCGAACAGCAGCACCGGAGGCGGCUGCCUGGAGGCCCGGGGCCCGAGGGCGGGGCCGGCCUGCAGGGCUCACCGCCCUCCGCGGACAGCGGCUCCCUCUCGGAGGAGGACGAGGUGUUCUACAACUGAGGCCGGCUCCCCCGGCACCUGCCCGGUGGACAGCGCGGCUGUGUCAGGACGUCGAGCCAGGCUGGGCCUCUCUGCACCCCUCCGGGCAGGCGCGGGGUGGGGAGGCAGGGAUGGGGGGCCAGCACUGCUCCUCGACCGCCCUGUGCCUCCGGACCUGCCCCCAACAGAGGGAGGCACAGCCCCCUUCUCCCUCCUUGGCUCACGUGGGCACCUUCCCCCACAGGCUCUCUGCCAUGUGCGAGCUCCAGGGCCUGACAGACACCAGGGCAGCCUGCCCGGCUGAGCCAACGGCCAGGCCCCCAGGCGACAACCUUGCGAGCCCCUGGGAGACCCACUGGGAGGGGGGCCUGGGGACCCUGCCCUGACCCCGGAGCUCUAUCCCUCCUCCUCUCCUUCUGUGCUUCUGCCCCCCUCCCCCAAUCAGAGGGGGGCAGUCUCUUCCGGUAGCUAAGCAUCUGCUCCUAAGCUGUCAUCACAAGGACGUCUGUCUCCAUGGACUGUCUGUCUGUCCCUCACUCUCUGAACCCUGGUGCCCCUGCUCCUCCUCCUUGCACCCUCCGGCCAUCUCCCUGAAAGUUCUCUGAAGGCAGUAAAGUGGCGGAUUCACCCCA